AUGAAACUUUCAUUGAAGGUUGAAGAAUGGAAGAAGCACAAAAGUAAAGAAGUAGAAAUAUCAAAAAGCCCGUGUGAUGGCGAUGCUGAUGACAGUGACAGUGAGGCAUCAAUUCCACAAAGAGAGAGUGGAAAAGGUGGCAACCAGCAUUUUGGUAGGAAGGAUAAUGAAGAGUUGGACAGUAGUGGUCGUGCCUUGUAUAUGAAGAAAGUAAGGAAAAAGAAAAAAGAAAAAUGGACCUCAAAAGAAUCUAAGAUGACACCAGUGCUUGAGGAGGCUAACUUGCUAACUAGUGAUCUGCUCCAAAGGAAUGAUAACUGCAGGUUAAGUGAAGGAAGGCCUGCAAAGAAAACAUCUCAUGAAAAGAACAAGGGAGAAACUCAUAUACAUUCCCAGGAUCACCUUGAAGACUUGACUUGGUCAUCUGAAAUGGCCUCAGAGGAUCAGUUGUUGCCGGCCUUUAAUCCCAAGGCUUGUGCUUUGCUCAUUGAACAACUUGCAAUGCAUUGUAAAGGCGAGCUAGAACACCAUAGUGGCGUUUAG